AGGAAACCCUUCCUCGAUUCAACUCUUAACGUCGUCAUCGCGAAAAUCAGCUCUCGUUGCUUAGAAACUUCGUCCACAGCUUCCCCUUUGGUUGAAGACUCAAAGUCAUAUCAUUACAUUCCCAACGCUUUCCGGUUCGACAUUUUCUCUCCCGUACACAUAUAUCAUCACGAUUUCGAUCUCCGGCUUCUAGCUUGAAUUCGCGACCCUCAAUCUCACGCUAACCCGACAAAAGUCGCAGAACAGGAAAAUGAAGAGAGUCUUCGGUGUUAAGAAAGACAAAGAGCCUCCUCCCUCUAUUCAAGACGCUUCCGAUCGGAUUAAUAAAAGAGGUGACACCGUGGAGGAUAAAAUCAAGAAGCUGGAUGUUGAACUUGCAAGAUACAAAGAGCAGAUAAAGAAGACCAGGCCUGGUCCAGCUCAAGAGGCCGUCAAAGCUCGAGCCAUGAGGGUUCUCAAGCAAAAGAGAAUGUAUGAAGGUCAGCGUGAUAUGCUCUAUAAUCAGACAUUCAACCUAGACCAAGUUGCAUUUGCUUCUGAGGGGAUCAAAGAUGCUCAGCAAACAAUGUCAGCUUUGAAAUCGGCUAAUAAAGAGUUGAAAGGAAUGAUGAAGACUGUGAAGAUUCAAGACAUUGAUAACUUGCAAGAUGAAAUGAUGGACCUUAUGGAUGUUAGCAAUGAAAUCCAAGAAACCCUUGGUAGAAGCUACAGUGUUCCAGAGGACAUUGAUGAAGAAGAACUCAUGGGUGAGCUUGAUGCUUUGGAAGCGGACAUGGAAAGUGAAGGUGACAGUGUCCCUUCAUACCUUCAACCAGACAAGGAGCCCGAUUACUCAGAGCUUAACUUGCCAGCAGCACCAACUGGCCAUGCCCCAGUAGCAAAUCAGGCGGAAGACGAACUGGGCUUACCUGCUGUCCCCCGGGCCUCACUUCGCGGUUAGCUACACUAUGCACCACAGUAGUUGACUCCUUCAUUUUUCCCUAAUGUCAAAUAUUGGUUGGCAAAUGCUUGACAUAAACAUACUGUGCAGUAUACUCCGAAUUUGUUACAGUUCAGGGUGUUAAUGUGUCGUAAUAAUGGAUUAUUAAUAUACAACUAUAUGCACUGUAUUUAAUCCAA